AUGCAAAGAGAGAUGAUUAGACUCUUACUCUUACUCAUCUGCUUGAUCGGCCCCUGCCAUGGUCAAUUCCGUGGAGGGUCCCUCGCAUGGGAGGUGCUAGACUACGAGCAGAAUCUUGUUCGGUUCACGUUGAGAUCUUCAUGGAUCAGAUCUUCAGGCACAUUCGUCAAAGUUGUGAACGGGGUCGCCGUCCCCAUGGAUGGAUACCAGCCGGUGGUGGGAGAUGUGGUGAGAGUUCUGGGUCGACUGACCCCGAAGUUCUUGUUCGAGGAGUCAUUCGAGGAUUACUUGCACAUGACCGUUACCUACAACACGUAUCCGUUCGGUUCGAACCCUAACUCAGGUCAUUACGUAGGAAACUGGACCUUUCUAGGCACGAACUGGAUCGAGGGCACGAGUACCUGGGACAUCAAGGUCCCGUCCAAGGACAAGACGUAUGUCGCAGAACUGCAGGGUUGCUGUAGGGAUGUGCUCGCUGCAGACAGCAACGCUGUGUUGGCCCGCGGGGUUCACGAUCAAGCAGAGACUCCUUUUGUUCUGCGGACGACCGUGUCUCUGAACAAGAUCCCGCCCCCUCUGUCCUUCAUGCCGUUUUAUGCUCCUUUCUUCAUCGCCACCACGCAGGUCAACGCGGAGGUCUACCUCGAGCUUCCUUUUCUUGAUUACAACAGCUCCUUCAAGUCGGCACCGAGCACCUGGAACCAUGAGGACGAGGCGUGGGCUGCUAACGUGGAAACUGCCCUCAAAGAGGAGCAGGGAAAUCUGGUGCUGCAGCCUCCAGUCAUGAAGCAGUUUUCAAACAUCUUGCAGCAACCAGAUACAAUGAAUCUGAACACCCUCCCUCCGCUCAAUCCGCCCAAGCCAGUUGCAACCACUCUCAAAUUCACUGGAAUGAAUGUCAGGCUUCUCAGGAAUCCGUCUUCGGUUCUGACUCUGUUCCCGAGCAACGACUGCACUGGAACAAUUCGAGAGCAGAUCGUAGUUGGCAAGGACAUUUGCCCAGGAGGGCCCAUUCAGAAUUUCAGCCAGACUGGUGUUGGUAUCAGGGAGAGCUUGCAAUCCAUCCUUGUUCCUAGCGGGCUUUCCUUUGCCCUUGUUGACGCAUGUGAGUUCUCAGAGACUCCUGCCUGGGUCUUGAGUUCGGACAAUCCCUUCUACUUCGGCGAUGUGCUUCAGACCUGUAACAACAUGGAUGGGACGCAAUCGUGCUGCACUGUCACGUCGUCGGUGGCUUCAAAGCUGAAAGGUUUCAGGGUCGUGGACAGCACUUCCAAGACUGCGCCUUCUAUCAACAACAUGGUCCAGAUCCAAUACACCCAGGUUAACGGGCGGUAUGUCAUCAAGCUGCAGCCGAAGAAUUUGGCGGCUGGCCGCUACCCCAUCACUUGUACCAUAGCAUCGGAGGGCUCCACCAUCACAACCGUGGAGUUCGUUCUCGCUGUAUUCCAGAAGCAGCCGAACAACUAUUUUGGGCAACAAUCGACGAUGAAUUAUCCACAGGAGUUUGUGACAUCCACUGGCUUUUCGUUCAACGCUAGUUGGAUUCUCAACUCAGAGAAAAAAUUCACUGUUUUCGACAACAUCGAAGCCUCGACUUGGGGCAGCAACCGUCCAGUAUCAGCUUGGACGCUCCAGGGAUCGAACUCGAUAUGGAUCCUCCAGUGGCCAUCAAGUCCGUGCGUACAGAGCACCGGAAUGUUCUUCUACUGCUUCACUGCGGUCAUGCAGACAGACAGCCACGAUUGGGAGAACCUGAAAUGUUCCCUGAUCCGUGUGGUAGUGGACCUCGCUCCAAGAAUCUCUGUCUUCGAAUCCUCUCGUCCCGAUGUAGACGCCAACAUGUACAGUGUUUAUAUGGGCGAUCGACUUGAGCUGGUGGUCAAGGCUGCUGACAACCCCCAAGACAUGGUGGAGGUACUCGGUCUGACGAAGCUCGAUGUCAACACGGGAGAUCGCUUCAGAGGGCGGAUCCGGUACGAGUCGGAGCGCGUGGAUUUGGUCGGCGGAAGGAUGUCCCUCUACUAUCCGAUCCCAGGGUUCACCGCCUCCAUCCCAAAGCUGACGGAGAUUCAGCCGCAUCCCUUCAUGUCACUGAGCAUCGGCGGGCCAAGGAAUCUCACGCAGGCGCUGCUGGUACCUUAUGAGAGGGAGCGUGUCGUUUCUUUCGUGCCUACUCGCCUCCACUCAGGGCUCAAUUUCUCCAUGUGCUUCCUUGCGAUAGACACGAGGGGCCUUUGCAGACCGUACGGGUCGGGCAGCCAGCGUUGCAUCCAGAUCCAUGUCCCCAAGUGCAAGUAUCUGCUCAGCCAGGGAAGCGACCUAACAAGGGUCGCUGGCUUGUUCCGCACCAACUGGUUUCAGCUGUUUGCUCUGAACCCCUUGUUCACGACCCCCGAAACAGCGCUUGCCACUGACUACGUGGUCAUUGAUAUUGGCAAGCACUACACGAUCUCUCCUGGAGAAACGCUUGCUGGAGUCGCGGAGUUGAUGGGAACGGAUCUGCAGAGCAUGCAGUUCUUCAACACUGAGCUCGCGCCCCAGCGGGAGCCUGGAUGGAUGCUCGAGGUCGUCCCGGGCAUGCAGAUUUGCGUGUUGCCCGACUCCUGCAAGUCCAACGUGUAG